GCGAUGGGCUGGAUGGGCCCCCAUGCUCACAACACGCCUCCUCAAAAUCGCCAUCCCAAAAGCAGAGUCAUCAAAACAGGCUCAGCAGCGCGUCGCCCACAUGGCACGAUGCAUAUCGAGUAUCAAGGGUAAAGAGAGGGAGACUUGCCCCCCCCCGUCAUCAUUCCCGCCUAUCAUAUCCCGCCUCCUCUCAGCCCGCCUCUAUCGCUUGGCCACAUUCCAUGUCGUCCAAACACCCUCUCUCGCAAAAGAUCUCGCCUUGCUCGAAUCUCUCUCGACACAUCUUGAAUAUAAUGGUGCAGGGAGGCUGGCAGAAGGUCUGAGAGGGAUCAGCUGGAAAGGAGGGAAAGCGAGGCUGGGUGUGACACGGAGGAAAGGAGAAGAGGUGGGACGGAUUGUGGAAAGAGCCAAUCAACUGGGCGAGAAUCGUCAUCAACCCCCGAGCAGUUUCUGGCUGGGGUUUGAGAACGAGGCUGGGCUGGAUGGCGCUGCUUCUUCGGGAGAGCAACAUGCGUUAUCGCGGCGUGUUUCCAAACGACGAUCCAUACCUCCAUCCCUCUCAUCACUACCGUCCGAGAUAUCGAAAUACCUUCCUCCCUCCUUCCCCUACUUCUCCUCCUGCGCCAACGAACCGGAAGAUCACCUUCUACGCCUAUCACAUACGCUUCUCGCUAUAAUCAGUCAUCAAGCAGACUUUCCUUCGCAAGGGUUGGACCAGCGGACGAAGGAGGUUGUCGUUGGGUUAUGGAUCGCGUAUGCGAGAGGGUAUUUAAGAGGUCGGCGGCGGAAUGGAGAGUAUACUUUAGAGAUAGAGGAUGGGAAAGAACCGGGAGAGGGGGCUAGCGGAGAAGUCUGGGGGGAACAGAAGGGGGAAGGAUGUGAUGGAAGAGAAGAGAGCAGAGCAGAGGGUUGGGAUCUACCCCCAACGGCGGAGACGGUCAUGCUCUUUUUUCGACACAUUUCCCUACUACUCGCUCCUACAACAAAUUCUUCCUCCCAUUUUUCCUCAUCGAACCUACUUCCCUCUCUCCCUAUCACUCAGUCCAUUCAGUCUACAUCGCCAAAUACCCCUUCCUUACCAGCAUCGACGUUGUUGGAGCCAGGGCAAUUUACCGAAAAGAUGGAGCUUCAGGAAGAAGAAGGACUAGAAGUAGAUGAGGAGGAAAGGAGGCAACAGAAAGAGUACGAAUGGGAUCAUCUGUGUCGGCCGCUAUGUCGAUAUACCCUCCGCCUCCUUCGGCUGGCGAGGUCGUACCACUCGCGAUAUCCUCCUGGUCAUCAGUCUUCCUCUGAAGCUGGAUCUACAGCCCCACGCCUCCCACAAGAGAUCUACCUCCGCCGAAAAGCAGCUUGGGAGCGUCAACUCGCACAUCAGGUGGGGGAGUAUGGGAAAGAGGUGAGAGGGUGGAUGGGGGCACGGAAAGGGGUGCUUUUGGGGGGGAGUUUUGGCGUUUGA